AUGAUUAGCGUCGCGAGAGUGUCGGCGGGACGGACUGCUUCACGCCUGGCGAGACAGCAGCGGCAUGUUGUGCCCUCGGCAAGGAUCGCUCUAGUCAGGGCCGAGGCAUUAGGGCUAGAGGGCAGCAGCAUCAGAUUGAACUCUCCAGCCUCGCGCGCUCUCGUGUCCGUGGCCAAGCCUCCCAAGCAGCUUGCGGAAGGGAGGACGUUCAGCGCGGUGGCGCCCAAGCCCAUGGUGACGAUGAUCCCGUGGGUGCCUCCUCCGUUCCAGCCGCUGAUGAACAGGCUUCACCCCAUCAUGAUCAGGGAGCGGCGUCCGAUGGCGUGGUGUGGCAUCGAGGCGCUCAACACCGUGACCAACGCCGGGGCGCUGUGCGGCCACUUCAGUUUUGCGCUUCUCACCCUCGCCUACCUCGAGACGGACGUUUUGAAGCUACGAUACCUGGUGGCCUGUGGAUCCACCCUGAACGUCAUGUUCAACCUGUUCCGCGUUGUGGGCCCCCCCGUAUGGAUUCCCAUCAAGUGGAACGCCGGGUUCCUUUUGCUCAACACAAUUAUGGUGAUUCUGCUCAUGAACGAGCGGCAAGAAGCUGACCGUCUGAAGGAGGACCCUGAACAGGCGAGGAUUUACCACGACAUCUUCGAGAGCGUGAAUCUGAGCCCCGUUCAAUUCCUGCGGCUCAUGGACGUCGCGGAGCGCCGCGUGGUGCCCAAGGGAGCUAACCUCAAGGACGGUGGGGCCCCGCACAAGGAAGUUAUCCUCAUCAUCGAGGGUACAGCAGAGGUCAAGUCCGAGGGAGUGGCUGUGUCCCACAUGGAGAAGGGUGGAUUCAUUGGGUCCAUGGCCUUCAUGCGCCUCAGCAAGAAGCUUUCCGUCGCCAAGCUCGCCUCCGACGACGGGCACUACGUCUACAAGGACGGAGGCAUGUUCCGGAAGGCUUGGGAAGCGGUCCUCGGACAGCUGCGGAGGGACGGAUCCGUGGUGGGAGAGGUGGCCCAGGCUGUCGUGGGGGACAAGACGCUCAAGAGGCAGGACACGAUGGGCUUGGAGCGCUCCAUGUCCACCGUGACCGCCACCUCCGACGUGGUGGUGUACGUUUGGGACCAGCACGCGCUUCGCGAGUUCAUCAAGCGCCGGCCCAUGAUCGGCGCUUUCCUCCAGAAGGCGAUCACGGUUGACCUGGUGAACAAGGUCGACCAGUCGCGCGACCACCACGAGCACUACCGGCAGCUGCUCGCUGAGACGUUGGACGGGGGACGGGUCACCUCCACGGAGAGGAAGAACUUGCAGAGGUACCGCGAGGGGCACGGUAUUUCGUUCGACGAGCACCUGGACCGUCUCAGGGAUAACAAGUGGACCGAGGAGGAGUUCGAGGCCGGCUUCCAGAUGGGCGUGGCGACCCAGAACUUCCUCGAGUACGAGGCUUUGCUGCGCAAGGAGCUUGCCAAGGGGAAGGUCAAGCCGGAUGCCCGGUCGAACCUACGAAAGUUCCGGUCUCAGGUUGGCAUCGAUGCCCAGGAGCACCUUAUCGCGGUCGAAAAGCAGGGGUGGACGGCGGACGACUACGAGGCUGGCGCCAAGACCAGCUAGAUUUCCAACAGACGACUACCGAGCCAUCCUCCACAGAGCGGACGGCGGAUUUCCUAGUGGUAGGACGCGAAGGAUCGGGGGGAUGGGGAAGGGGGGUCGUUUCUUGCCGAAAGGGGCGCCAUCGUGUGCUUUUGAGCCGUCCCUCCCCUGUGCCUGGGGGCACGGAGGCCGAGCAGAGGCACCCCUCAAGGGUCUUGUAAAGGUUGAGCCGCGGAGCUUGAUGGCUUGGUGUCGCUUUCGUUGUUGCUAAUGGUACGCUUGGUACACAGCAGAAUGUGUCGCCACCAUACGGGAAGGAAGAGAGUUUUAUCCUUUUUAGGAAACAUCGAAAAAAUGCUGAUACGUGGGAGAGGGGAGGGUGAUGCAAACGUAGAUGUCUAGACACGGGGGGUGGGGGGAGGAGGCGGCGAAUCGUGGUUUAUUCAGGAUGGCGGCAAGGGUCGAAGUUGAUCGAUCGUGUGGUGUGCGCACACACAGGUGUAUGGCCGCCGGGCUUGGGGUGCAAAGAAAAAAAAGAGUCGGUGGUUGUUGGUGCGCGUAUCGAAACCAUCGAUCAAUCUGCUUGUAGACUGCGACGGUUGGGCGCGAUCGGCAAGCUAGACUGGGCCAAGAGGGAUCUUGUAUUUCAGCGGACUUGGGUUAGGCUAGACUUGGCCCAGUUACCAUCAAAUUGUUGCCGCCCGAUAAGUAAGCAGUUGUGUCCGUCUGGAAGCAUUUCCUGCAGUAAUCGUGAUUUGAUUUCUUGGGGAGGGAUCCAGUGUGUCUGUCCAUCCCUGUGUUUUUCUCGCCAUCGACGUGUUGGGCGCUUUUUGUGGUGGUGCGCGUUUGCGUUGCCUGUCUUGCCGUAGCGUUCGUUCGUUCGUUUGCUCUCUCCUGUUCGGAAACACAGGACAGUACUGCUGUAGGGUCGGAUGAAUUCACCUCACGUGUUGAUAUAGCAGUUUCGAAGAAUAUUCUGCUGUAGGUGGUUGCCAAUUCCGGUACACCAUUGCGGACUCGAGUUUUCCGACAUUUGGCUAGCGUUUUUUCACUUGUUUUAUACUUCGUAUAUAUUAUUUGGGAUUUGGGAUGACUGAAUCAGACUGACUCUGCUUGAAAUAGAAAUGGAUAUGGUUAUUGUGGCCAGGCGACCAGGUCUUCCAUGGAACGGUGACCCCAACAUUUUGGUGCAUGUAGGUGACUGGCUGGUACACGGACGUAGUAGAAAACCAGCGAGACUUGGGAGUAGACGUGAUUCCAGUUCGAUGAUCGAUGGUCGAUGGGAUGAUGGGUGGUGUUGCCCGCGUUCGCUUUUUCAUUUGUUUUAUUUUCGGUCUCCAGCCAUUUUGUUCGUA